AUUACUUUGUUAGUCAUUUUAGCAUGUAAUCGAUGCUUUUAUCAGAAUGUCUUUUUAUUCGUUAUUUACUCCUUAAUAUAAAAUUUCCAUCGUUACUUUAUAGCAAUCGUUACAUCGCAUGUAAUCAUUAUUUUUUUUAAAUAUGCCUAGUUUGUGAGCGAAAAUAACUAAAUACCUCGCUCGUCGAGAAUUAACGUGUGGGUAAGUUCACUUAAUUCACAAAGUAGGCUGAUCGAGAGGCCCCUAUUCACGGUACAAGAGAAUUUUCCUGGCUCCAUCCCAGGACCUCGAACGAAGAUUAGUUCGUUUGAAUUAGUUCGUUCACGAACGAUGUAUCCCCACCUGAACUUGUACUUUUAAAUGUAAUUUUGCUAAUUAACCCUGAUCAUGUUAAAUAUUGACGUCGAUUACAAUUACAAAUUAGAAGUAACUGUAAUCUAGCCCAAUUCGUUUUUUGCGUACUUUUCCCAACACUGUCGCACGACUGCGCUGCGGCAGAGGCUGACGGUGCUGGGCGCGGUGGUGGCGGCGACGGCUGUGGCGCUCCUGGCGGCGGGCGGCGCGGAGGGCGUCAAGUGGAGCAAGUGCCAGGUGGCCGCGCAGCUGCUGCGCAAUGGCUUCCAGCGCAAGGACCUGCCCACCUCUCUGUUAGACGACAACAUCGCCGACGACUCGAAAUGCGCCCGUCUCAUUGCAGCAAAACAAGGGCUGGAUGCCUGGGUGGCCUACAAACAGAAAUGCAAGGGAAAGAACCUCUCCCAGUACAACGUGAAGCCCUGCUAAAGAAAGUAUCAAAAUCUAAAACGUUCAUGAUUAAAGUUAUCCCUUCAAAUUAAUAAAACAGAUUUUAGUAUAAAGACCGCAAAAUAAAUAUUACAAUGUUCAAAUUAGAAGUAUUUUUAUUCUUGUGAUAAGUUAUUAUAUUCAAGUAGUCGUCAAUUUCCAUUGUAGUAGGGUUAGGUAAUUAUAAAGGCUAAAGGUAACUAUUUUAAUUGGCUUGUGGUCACAAAGUGUACAUCAAAAUGACACAGCGUUUGUAAAUACUAUGGUAAUAAAAUUUGUUCCUGUGUUUUAACGGCACUAACUGUAACUUAAUUUUACAAGACGAGAAACUAGCAGAAAACCAAAAUACCGGAACAUUCAACUAACUAGUUUAUACGUAGCUGUUACGUUGAAAGGUUGAUAUAUUGUAUGUAUGUGUUAAAAUGUCUUUCCGUGAGACAUCUAUUCAAUUGAACACUUUGAUAUCAAUAUCAAUAUUUGAUUAAAUCUAUAAUAUUUGUGGGCACUCAUUUUGGUUUUUUGCAUUUUCUCCUUUUCGUGUGCGUUGAUCUACCAAUUCAUUUACUACCUUGCGACAAAUGGCGGUGAUACGUUGGGCCACUUGCUUUUGUAAAGUGUGUUCGCAAAUGAUCAAACAAAGGAUAUGCGCCCAACACUUACGGAAGUAUGCGAAGAAUGUCUAAGACACUCAAAGAGAUCCAAUUCCAGAGAACAGAGAAGGCCGAAAAAGAAAGGAAAUGCCAAGAUAAUGUUUGUGUAAGAGAAUUAAGGACAAAGGGAAUUUCAUUCCCUCUGCAGCGAAGGAGGAAGUGAAGCAGUCAGUUGAAAGAGCUUCAUCUCCAUUUUCAUCUCCCCUCGAAACUCUCCACGGCAGACUUUGAAUUACUUUUACAUUUGCCCCCGCGUGCCCUCUGGCCGGCGCCAACGGAGUCUCGAAGUCAUAAAAAGGCUCUAAUAUUUUGUACUCAAAUGUAACACACAAUCGUAAGCUUCCUGGAUUUCUCGUCAUGUUUUAUAGUUGUCUUUUUGUAGCUUAUUAAACACAAGUUGUACAGUGGCAUUAUCAGAAGGUACAGAUUUCGGUAGAGGCAUCUAUGGUUUCAAAUAUUCAGAAUUUUCACAUUAUUAUUUUGUUAUAAUUGAAAUCCGUUGACAUUCCGCUUUGAAAACUUGCAUUAAAAAUUUGACGAAUGAAUAAUUGGUAUAAGAACUCUCAAACAAUUUUUGUAACACAAAAAUUGUACUUUUACUGGCACAUUAAAAACACUUCUUGUAUAUCAAAUACUGUUCCAGAGUUAAAAUAUAGUAAAAUUCGUCAUUGCAUGUUUCUAAUGUAAUGUAUCAAACAGCAAAAUAUAUAAUAUUUACAAUUG